AUGAAUCACUUCGACUUGGCCCUGCCCGGCCUCGACCAGGAUGUCUCUGGAAUCGACAACGACAGCCUCCAGUACGACAUUUUCCAGGACUGGGACGUCUUGAACGAGUUUACGCUUCUCGGCCAGCAGCUGGACGAGCAGCAUGCGCCCGCCGACGAGACAUCUGCCAGUCUUGAGCCCGGGGCUUUCCCUGUCGCCACCCAGGAAAACGACACGCUCGGGGCGACGCCAAUGUCGCAAACCGCUUCAACUCCAUACUUUCCAAGCCCCCCGGUAACCACGCCCUCGGACACUGCUGGUGCAAGACCGGGCUUCCCCCAAAGCGCUGUGCGACUUCUGCGCCAGUGGAUGACGGCCAACAGCCACUACCCGUACCCCACGCGCGAGGACAAGGAGAUGCUCAGCACCAUGACGGGUCUCAGCCAGACGCAGAUUGUCAAUUGGUUUGCCAAUGCGAGGAGGCGAGCCAAAAUGUCGGCGCCUCUGCGCGCACCCGCGUCUACGGCGGAAUCAAUCACGCCCAUGGAUAUUCCAGCGCGGCGCGCCACGCCCGGCAUCUUGGAAGGCCUGAACCCAAUGCAGCGCUGGGAAAACUCCCCGCCCGAUAAUGAGCCUGCUGAUGUCGCUGCCAUCCUGGGCGCUGUCAAGGCAGCUCGCAUUCCCGCCUCUCCCAGUGAGCGCUCCUGUCUCACGCCAGCAUCACGCUAUUCCGACGACAGCUCCAGCGUUGGCUUUAGCAAUGGCUCCUCCCUGGGGAGAUACGACGCACCGUCUAGUGAGGGCUCUGUCCGAUCUGGCCGCUCGUCUCAAGGCGGUGUCUCUUUGUCUCCCUUUCCCGACAGCCACUCGGCAAGACGCAGACGCCGACGCAAGCGCGCCGGCCUGCCUACCCAUACGACAUAUCCCAUUACAACCCGAGGCGCAUUCCAAUGCACAUUUUGUGCCGAAGACUUUCAAACCAAGUACGACUGGCAACGACAUGAAAAGACCUGGCAUCUAUCCAUCGAUCGUUGGCCGAAUCCAGACGCGACGCAUUUCGAAUCACACAACUUCUCUCUCUGCAGCAGUCGAACACUGACCGAACGUACUUUUUACCGUAAAGACCAUCUCACGCAGCAUUUGCGCCUUGGUCACCACGCCAAGGUUCCGAAGGAGAGGCUCGAGACUUGGAAGGCAGCCUCACCAGAGAUUCGAUCACGUUGCGGAUUCUGCAAUGCCGUUCUGCACAGCUGGAGUGCACGCGUCGACCAUCUUGCGAUGCACUUUAAGAAUGGGGCUACAAUGGAGCACUGGACGGGAGAUUGGGGUUUUGACGAAGCUGUCCUUCGAACAGUAGAGAACUCUAUACCACCAUAUUUAAUUCAUUUAGAGAAAAUAUCGCCCCUACCGUACGUGGCAAGUAGCGUCUCACCGUGGACACCCAAUAGCCCUUACGAACUACUCAAUAUGGAGCUGGAAUACUGGAUAGCGAACCAUACCGACGACACUGGGAGCCCGCCAACCGAUACUGAGAUUCAACUCGAAGCAUGUCGUAUUAUUCGCAGCGCAGAUAUCAUUUCGACCGAUCUCGCUACUACAGCCGGUUCCUGGCUGCGGGAUCUCGUCAUGUCCUGCAAAGAAAUUACUCGCGACGCCAUGUUUCAGUCCGUCCGUGGUCAGGCAGAAAAUCGCAUGUCGACACUGCGAAUCAAUGGCAAGGAUAACAUCUUCCAAGACUGUGCGUUUGAGAGCGAACUGCGGCAGUUUACUCUAUCGCUGCCUUUAGGUGGCAAGGACGUGGCCAACUGGGAGCUACAGGUAGAAGCCGACCGCAUUCUACGACGCGCCCAGCAAACUUCCAUCUCCCACAAAGAUAAUGUGCUGAAUUGGCUGUUGCGGCUCACUUAUAAUUCGACCGAUUGGCUGGUAGAUUUUAGAAGGCGGCUCUUCCAGGCCGUGGAACAGGGCGAGAAGGCCAGCGAGAUUAGCCCACCCGCCGUUGGUGAAGCCAAUACACUCGAUCCGAAGGCUCUUGGUCUUGACACCCCGAUGAGUCUCGACCCGACGCAGCAAGACCCGACAAAGGAGCGUCAAAAAGCGGCAACGGCAAGCCGGAGGGGAUUUUACGAUCUGAAUGAUGCCAAUGGCUAUCGCCGUCUCGCGCGGGGCCUGGCUCGAUUUGUGGCGUCGUCCAUGUCGGACUGCAAUCCGAACAAGCACAUCCCGAGUGAUGAGGAAAUUCAGCAGCAAGCUCGAUGGCUGGAAUAUGGAGAAGGCGAUCCGUGGAAUCAGACGGCGGCGGAUCUUCCAGACUGGCUGGAGCGGUUCAAACGCGAUAUUGGGCUACUGCCGCGAGACACGGGACCAGGCUUGGGCUUGAUUAAGCGCACAACAUAG